CUGGAGAAAUGAUCCGGCUCAUUAUUUCCCGCCGCCUGCCAGUCGAGUGUGUGGGCAGAGCACCCUGAAGCUCCGUCGCUACAGCAACAGGCUGAGGUCUCAGCCUGAAGAGGAAGCAGAGGAAGGAGAGGAAGGAGAGGAAGGAGAGGAAGAAGAAAUAGAAGAAGAAGAACCACAACAACUACAACAUGGCAGCUGACAUGAGGACCCCGGCUCAGAUCUGAAGCAGCAGGUGGUCUCCGUCUUCCUCGUCUCCAACAUGUCCACGCUGAGGGGCUGUGUCCUCCUCUUUGUCCUCGUCCUCAGUGCCCCACCCUGCAGAGGUCAAGGAAGUGGGUGCAGCUGUGACGUCCCCAACAGCCGCUGUGAUGAGUCCGGAGUGUGCAGGUGUGACCCGGGCUGGGGGGGCCCCCACUGUGCUGUCUGUCUGCUGAUGCCCGGCUGCCUCCAUGGUUCCUGUCAGCAGCCGUGGCAGUGCCGCUGUGACCCGGGCUGGGGGGGGCGCUUCUGUGACAAGGACCUGCAGGUGUGCUCCCAGCACCCCCCCUGUCUGAACGGAGCCUCAUGUGUGAUGGAGGACAGCGGGGAUUAUUCCUGCCUCUGUCCUAAAGGAUUCCACGGGAGGAACUGUGAGCUGAAGACCGGGCCCUGUCUGCAGAGCAGGUCUCCAUGUAAGAACGGCGGUCUCUGUGAGGACGCAGACGGGUUCUCGGCGGUCCUGCGGUGCCGCUGCCUGGCGGGCUUCGCGGGGCCCCGCUGUGAGACGGACCUGGACGACUGCCUGAUGAAGCCGUGUGCUAACGGGGCGUCCUGCCUGGACGGCGUGAACCGGUUCUCCUGUUUCUGCCCCCCCGGCUUCAGCGGGCGCUUCUGCACGGUGAACCUGGACGACUGCGCAGGCCGGCCCUGCCUGCACGCUGGCCGCUGCCUGGACCGAGCCGCCGGCUUCCUGUGCGUCUGCAGGCCGGGCUUCGGGGGGGCCACAUGCCAGACGGCACUCAGGGCCGGGGAGCCCGGCAGGACCACGGGGGCGGGGAACCACAGUAGUCAUGACGACCGGGUGUUUAAAGUGACGGUGAGCGAGCGAAGCGCUGGCAGUCUGUCGGGGGUCCAGCUGAUCAUCCUCCUGGUGCUGGGGGGGGGUGCGCUGGCCGCCGUGCUGCUGACCACUGGCCUCCUGCUGCAGGGCCGCUGCAGGGCACGGGGGCUCGAGACCAGCCGAGCGGGGGAGACGGAGGUUCAGAUCAGCUUCCUGAACGUAGCAGAACCAGAGAAGAAGAAACUGAACACUGAGGUCAUUUAGGGUGGGGGGUUAAAGGACUUUCUUUACACCCCCUCAAAGCUUCACCUGGGACCCUGCUCAUUACACCCUCAACCAUACAAGGUACAGGGUUUGUAAUCGCUAAUUCUUUUUCUCCAGGUCUGAACAUGUUGAUUGGUGAUUGUUGAUAUGUCUGUUCAAACGUAUUUAUUGGUGUAAUUUAUCAAUGAGAACUAACAGUGUGCAAUAAAGAGAUGAACACAGGAA